GCUGCCGGGCGCCGCAGGCCUCCCCUUCCCCCGCCUUCCGCGCCCGCGCCCGCCCCCUCGGCCGCCCCGCUCCCGGGCGUGACUCGGCACUGAGAGCCCCGGAGAGCCGCCGCGGUCGCCGCCGCCUGCGCCCGGGCCUCGGCCUUCCGGAGCGUCGCCCUCGCCCCCGCCCCCUCCCGGGCCUUCGCCUUCACUUCGGAAGCCGGUGGCGUCGCGGCCGCCCUGCCGGGCCGAGAAUGGUGGGCGUGAAGCCGGUCGGGAGCGACCCGGACUUCCAGCCGGAGCUGAGCGGCGCGGGCUCCAGACUCGCCGUGGUCAAGUUCACCAUGCGCGGGUGUGGACCAUGUUUAAGGAUUGCCCCAGCAUUCAGUUCUAUGAGUAAUAAGUAUCCACAGGCAGUUUUCUUGGAAGUAGAUGUACAUCAGUGUCAGGGAACAGCUGCCACCAACAAUAUAUCAGCAACACCUACAUUUCUGUUUUUUCGAAACAAAGUGAGAAUUGAUCAAUAUCAAGGAGCAGAUGCUGUUGGAUUAGAAGAAAAAAUCAAGCAGCACUUAGAAAAUGACCCUGGAAGCAAUGAGGACACAGAUAUUCCCAAAGGCUAUAUGGAUUUAAUGCCUUUUAUUAACAAAGCUGGCUGUGAAUGCCUUAAUGAAAGUGAUGAGCAUGGAUUUGACAACUGUUUACGAAAAGAUAUGACCUUCUUGGAAUCUGAUUGUGAUGAACAGCUACUUAUUACUGUGGCAUUUAAUCAGCCUGUUAAGCUUUAUUCAAUGAAAUUUCAAGGGCCUGAUAAUGGUCAGGGUCCUAAAUAUGUAAAAAUUUUUAUCAAUCUACCCCGAUCUAUGGAUUUUGAAGAAGCGGAAAGAAGUGAACCAACUCAAGCUCUGGAACUAACAGAGGAUGAUAUUAAAGAAGAUGGCAUUGUCCCACUUCGUUAUGUUAAGUUUCAGAAUGUUAACAGUGUAACUAUAUUUGUUCAGUCCAAUCAAGGUGAAGAAGAAACAACAAGAAUUUCAUAUUUUACUUUUAUUGGUACUCCAGUCCAGGCAACCAAUAUGAAUGACUUCAAACGACUUUUUUAAUGCAACUCAAAUGAACUAAAAACAGAAGAUUUUUUAAAAUGAAGUAAUAUAAAGAUUGACCUUAUCUCACUCUACUCCCCUCCUUGCUUCUAUGCUCAUCUAGCACCUGUCUGCUCUCACCCUUCCCAUGUUCUCGCCAUUGUUGGUGCAAGAUGUCUCCAGCUUCUAUCAUCUGGAUCAGCCUUGUUACCUAGAUUUCCUCAACCAUCUCUUUCUUCAGAUCUUAUUCUAGCUGUGUGUCUCAGUUGGCAUUUUGUUUUGGUUUGCUUUUUAUUUUGGGCUUGCAACUAGGUGCUUUAAUUUCAUUAUCAGACCAUGUUGCUCCCUGACUUUUAUUUUCUUACUUUCUCCUAUCUCAUGUUUCAUUUUUGGUACUGUAUUUUGAGAAAUCAUAUUGCAAUAAAAUGUUGUAAAUGCUUUUAGACUUAA